CCUUGGGACACCUAUAUUAAGGACCCGAAACACCAUCGGUUUUCCAUUCAAUUACCAAUUGUAAAAGCUUUCCGAACUAUUGGAAAUCCAAAAUUCUAUUUUUCUAUUUCUAGAGCUUUCUCUUGCUCAGCAAUGGCGUUCAAGAAAACCCUAGCUAUGCGCCUCUUCAGAAUCUCGAAAAUAUCAAAUCAAUCCCUGGAGAACUGUCGCAUUUCCUCUCCGCCCGUCCAGACCCGAAUCCCUCAAAACCCGGGCAAAACCAACAUUGCUCCUGAUCCAGGAGAUAAUGGCAUAUUCGGGCGGUUGUUCCACAAGAGAGCCAUUUUCCAGAUGCCUAUCUCGUCGGAUCUCCGGGGAUUCCAAAUCGGGGAGAACCUGGUGGAAAAACUCAGGUCGUUUGACAUCUUAAAGGAUAGAAUCAACUUGGACGGUCAGAUACCUCCGGAAACCAAGUAUUUAGAUGGAUCUCGGCAGGCGAGGGAAUCGGAGAAGGAGGGUUUGACGGUGGAGGACGCGAAGAAGUUACUGAGGGCGGCGCAAUUAGAUAUGGUGAAAUCAAGGCUCAGAGAGGUGCAGAAUAGCUGGAUACCUUAUUCUGAUUUCCUUCGGAUCUGCGGAGAAGGCUGUUCGGAUCGUGAACAAGGAAUUCGGAUCGCGAAAACGCUUGAUGAAUCCGGAACUGUAAUCAUCUUGGGAAAUAUCGUGUUUCUCAAGCCAGAGCAGGUGGUGAAAGCCAUUGGAGGACUAAUCCCAUUGCCAGCAACCAGCCCCAACGAUCCAAGAAGAAAGGAGCUAGAACACAUGGAGAAACAGAAAGUUGCAAUCGACAAAAAAGCUGAUGCCCUUGUUCGCCGAGAACUUUGGUGUGGGCUUGGUUAUUUUAUUGUCCAAACAGCUGCCUUUAUGAGGUUGACCUUCUGGGAACUCUCAUGGGAUGUGAUGGAGCCUAUUUGCUUCUAUGUCACAUCCUUAUAUUGCAUGGCAGGAUACGCCUUUUUCCUCAGGACAUCCAAAGACCCUUCUUUUGAAGGAUUCUACCAAAGCAGGUUUAAUGUCAAGCAGAAAAAGCUCAUGAAGCUCCACAAUUUUGAUGCCGCGAGGUAUAAUGAGCUUCGAAAAAUUUGUUACCCCUGCUUGUCAUCUACAGGGCAGACUCCCCCUACAAUUUCUUCACUUGAUGAGGUUUGCUACUCAAAUUGAAAGAUAACAAAACAUACAAGAGAAAUAUACAGUUUUGUUUAAUUUUAGCCCUCUGUCGUGUAAUUUGAGAACUAGGUCCGGCUUCAUGUAAAUCUGACAUAGAGAGUCAUUCCCCAUUA